GAUCGCAUCAUGCACGUUUCCUUCGAGUCCUUGCCUAUGACAGCUGUUCUUGGAUAUCUGUCUUGCGCACACGACCAUCGACUAGACUGCUGUGGAUGAACUGGGGCCUUGCGAUUGUCGCCCCACACGUGGGCGUUGUAGACGCUCGUCAUGGCCGAUUCAGUAGAUCGAGUCUUCAGUCAUGCACUCAACACAGUUAAUAAGAUCCGCACGGGGUCGCAGAAGCCUCCCUCUGCGACACGGUUACGGCUAUAUGGACUAUACAAGCAGGCCAUGGAGGGUGAUGUGGAUGGCAUCAUGGACCGACCUGAGGGCGACAGCGAGCAAGAUCAAAGGGCGCGAGAGAAAUGGGCCGCUUGGAAACAGCAAAAAAACCUCUCGCGCACCGAAGCAAAACGCCGCUACAUCACCACCCUGAUCGACACCAUGCACCAGUACGCCUCGCCGUCGCCCGACUCCCGCGAACUCGUCGCCGAACUCGAAUUCGUCUGGGACCAAGUGAAAUCGAACGUCCCCUCCUCGUCCUCCUCAUCACCCCUCCAGACGCUCGACCAAGUAGGAACAGGUAUGUCAGCUUCAUACUCUGCACUCGAGCGGCAACGCACCACCAGAGACGAGGAAGAAUACUCGAACCACGCCGACGACGACGAUCAACCCCUCCAGAUCAAAUCGCCCAUGUCCCAAAGCGAAGAAUCACUCGAAGCCGAAGAAGCAGACCUCGAGCGCGAAGAAUUCGUCGACGCCCCAGACUCCCAAUACGCGCUCGAACUAUACAGACAAGGUGCAAUGGACCACAACCUCUCAGAAGCAAACGCGCAACUGCCCUCACAAUACCCGAAAUCAAAAUUCAAACGCCCUACACGUUCACGAACACCAUCUCGAAGAAACAUAGAGCCAGGACCCGUCGGCACACCAACACCACAGCCCCGCAUGCGCACAAUCAUCCCUCAACCCAUUCCCCUCCCGACACACAACACUCCCAAGACCGAACCAACAAAAGCAGACACACCCUCGGCCGCAGACCUCAAAUGGCGGAAACGCGUGGAAUCCUCGCUCAUGAGGAUGACCGCCGAAGUCGCCGCCUUACGAGAGCAACUCGAAGCACGGCGGCUCUUCCAGCACCGCCGAAAGCAGGACACCCCGGAGUUUAGAAAGGAGGUUGUGGAUGGCGGGAAGGAGGAGUGGGAGCAUACGGGGGAAUAUAUUUUUGUCUUGGAUGUGAAUGAGGAGGGGAAGAUUAGGAGAGUUUUGGAGUUUUUGGAUAGUAAGGAGACGGAGAGGUUGAGGGGGUUGAUGGGGAGGGCGAGGAGGAAGUUGGAGGAGGGUGGGGAGGCGUGGUGA